GAAGAUCAGGGCUUGGAUGGGAUAUUAAGAGGAAUAUUGAGGGGUAAUAAGUAGAUGACAUCUUCAUUUAAGUCAUGGAUGAUAACGUUUUCUACAUUAUUCAGCAAAUCGGUGCCUUUAUUGACAUUUUCAGAAGUAAAUAUUAAACAAAUGAUUUCAGAUAUAUGGACAAGACAAGGGCUUAAAGAUAUGUUUUCUAUGAAUAAAAUGGUAGAGAAGGAGCAAUCGGAUAAAUGGAGGUUUUUGUUACCUGUUCAAUACCCAUAUCAUUCACCACAAUAUCCGAUUAUUUUAUGUCAUGGACUUGGAUUUUUUGAGAAGACGCCGUCAUCAUUACCUAAAUUCCAGCUUCAUUAUUGGGGAUCUAUAGUUGAAUCAUUAAAAAAAUUAGGAUGUCAAGUUUAUGUAACAAAAGUUCCAAGUACGGGUACUAUUGCACAACGAGCGAAGGAAUUAGCUAAGCAACUAUCAUCUAUGGUGAAUGGUAAACGAGUGAAUCUUGUUGCUCAUAGUAUGGGAGGUUUAGAUUGUCGAUAUUUGCUUUCUAAAGGGUUAUAUAAAGACUUUUAUCCGGUAUCAUUAACGACAUUAUCGUGUCCUCAUCGAGGAUCACCUUUUAUGGAUUGGUGUCGAGAUUAUCUUGGAUUAGGUCGAGUUCUCCCUCGCGUAUCUACUACUUUAAGGGAGGAAGUAUCUGAUAAAUCUUCCAAGAAAUAUGAAAAUAAUUCAUCUAUAUCGUCAACUAUUUUAUCAAGUAUAAUGUUUUCUCAAACUAUGGAUACACCUGCAUAUGCAAAUUUGACAACAACCUAUUUAAAAGAAUCAUUUAACCCAUUUAUUUUAGACUCUUUAGAAGUUAAAUAUUAUUCGUUUGCUGCUAUAUCAUCUGUACCAAUAUGGCAUCCUUUAUAUUUUCCGAAUCAUAUUGUUUCACAAGCUGAAGGCAUAGAUAAUGAUGGUUUAGUAAGUGUUAAAAGUGCGACAUGGGGAAAAUUAUUGGGUAUAUUAGAAUGUGAUCAUUGGGAAUUAAGAGGUAGAGGGUUAGGUGCUGGAACGGGAUUUAUUAAACAAAAUUUUGAUGUUGAUGAUUUUUAUUGUGCUUUGGCAACACAUUUGUGGAAUGAGAACUUUUAAUUGUAUUUAUGAAGUUUAAUCAACUCUUUUUUUUAUCAUUUUAAAG